AUGAACAGCAUCGAUUCCAGGACAGUCCCGACGUUUCCGUUAUCUUCUCCACCAACAGAACAGUUGACAUCUUUCAAGCCGAGUAAUGCUCAGCCGGUUCAUUCCUCGGGAAAUCCUUUUCUUCACACCAAUACUUUCGCUUCCAGUUCUUCCGAUGACGACAGCGGAUGUUCAAGUGGCCGUGAUGAGUUCCAACUUGAAAGAUAUAGUCAAUCGUCUACAACAACCCGUCCAUCACAGCGAGCUCGCCGGAAACAAUCCAUACGGGACAAGUCACGGAAACGCCCAGGUCUUAAUAUAGUCACGAACUUCUCCAACUCGGCAAAGCGAACACAUACUGACGGGCUCUUGAUUGACCAAGUACAGGCCCAGAGACCCCGAAUGAAACCAAGAUAUGCGACCUCGGUGGUAUCGGCCAAGGCUGAACAUGGACACCAUCUGCCACACGACAAUUCCAGGUCCUCUCGCCAUCACGAUGGUGCCAGUAGCAGCAACCAGGAAUUACCCUUGGGAAAAACAGACAAGAUGGAAAAUUCAAAACGAGCUUUGGGUCGUGAGGCACUUUCGAGGCUGCAAGCGUUGCAGGCCGCCAGGAAGAAGACUCCUAGAGAGCCAGAUCAUGCACAACAUGAAAUUCUCAGGCCGAAUGAAAGUCUAAUCAACUCUCGACAGACUGGACAAUUGCAACCCACCCAAGAUGCUCAUUCACCAGAUAAGAGGUCGAUUGUAAUAGGUCUCUCAGUACCGGAAGCUGAAGCUGAAGCACACAAAUUAAACAGUGGUGGAGACAGCGCCCUAUCGAUGUAUACGCCUGAUACACCUGCAAUCAUUGUUACUCCAGCGGAAGAUGCCGACACGUGGGUGACAAAACCGACAUCCUCUAAAAACAGACCGGUUUCUAGUGUCUACUCUACCACACCGUGGGGUGAGAAUACAGCCUCCCAUAACGACACGCCCCCAGUGCCGAAACUACCCUCAAGCCUCUCGCGGAAACAAGUGACCAAUCAUGGGAGUGGUCACUUGAUUCUGACACAUAGAAAUCCCCAGGACCUUGAAAAGUACGGAAAUCAGGUUUUCUAUGAUGAGCGAGACGUUAAUGAUGUUGAACAUAUGCGUCGAGCUUCUUCGGAAAGCAAAGAACAUAUCCUUGGCUCACGGAGUGAGAGCGCUAGGCACAAAUCGCAAGGCUGGUGGAACUUGAUGCUUUCACCAAUGUUGUCAAGGAAAGGCACUCUUAAAAGCAUUGCCACACUUGAUCACGAUCAUGCAACACCUCCAAUUCCUUCAAUGCCAAGCUUCGUCCACUCACCCAAAGGCACCGUAAUCUCACCUACUUCGUCUCAGUCGCCUGGAACUCCAAGGAGGCAUGGGUUGGCUAGUGCAAGAGCGAGCGUUUGGUCGAGAUGGACAACGUGGGAGAAGGCACGCGAUGCAGACGCAGUUGCGAAUGAAAAGCUGGAAUCACCAUCACGGUCUGCUUCAUUCGAAAAGGAACAGGUUGGAGACGAUUCAAAGGAGGUAACAUCAGGAUUUCUUCCAUACUCGGGCAAAGGGCUUGCUGCAGACUACUAUCAUGCUUGUGCGGUCGAACAGGCCAAAGGUAUUCGAUACUUCGAAUGCGAGAAUCACUCGUGUGAGGAACAGCUCCCGAAGCUACAUUCAAUAUUUGACUCUAGAGUACUUCUGGGUGCCACACUCAAUGGUCACAAUGAGGAUCGAUCUACUUCAGAAAACCAAGCAGACAGCAGUAACGACACCGCUAUGGUCAAAAGAGCCUUGAGUAACAUCACAAUCGGGACAGAGCCUGAGGAACUUUCGCCCAACGUUCGUCAAGCAAACACAGCGGCCGUCGUCCAAGCAAAGUCGAUUGAUUCAUUUGCAAAACACCAUGAUGGCCAGGAAAUGGCAAAUAGGGGUUUGGUAGAGGAUGCAGCAAAGGUGACAAACACAGACACGGAAAACAAAACAGCACGCCUCGUCAGCAGUGCCUCACGUCGUGACGUUGACUUUCCCAACAUCGCAACUAUUGUUCCUGGAAGCAGCGUCUCACCCGCUGUUCCCUCUCCAGGUCCAGUGUCGCCGGGUAUGCAGAAAACCAUGGCGUCACAGGGAGCUGUUCCGAUGGCAGAUAUAGUUGCACCUCCAGCUCAAACAAUCCGUCCUCCAGAGCAAACACUGGCAAUGACCGAACCGACAACUUGGGAUCCAACGCAACCUCAUUCUUUGACUAUUCAUAAUCAUACUACCUACACGGAACGUGCAGCGCCUGCACCUCUUCCUGUCGCUAGCCAAAUGGAACGAAGAGAAGAGCCACCAUCGCGACCAGUCCUGGUAAUAGAUACAGGUUCCCGGAAUCCGUUACCAAUAUCAAAUAUCAAAGAAGAAGAUUCAAACCCAGAGCCUCACGAUGCCAAGUCCAAGAAGAAGAGCCUUCUUUCGAGGAUCAACUGUUUUGGGAGGAAGAAGAAGCCCGCCGACACUAAUGAGGCACCAAAAUCGAAGCAGCGAUACUGGAAAUGGAUCAUCGGCAUCGUCUUAUUCUUGAUUGUUGUUGCAUGCGUUCUGACAGCGAUGCUAGUCACGCGUGCUGGAGACGGUACACCUGUCCAGAGCCAAUGGCUAAACCUUACAGGCUAUCCACCAAUGCCUACUGGUAUCUCUACCAUUGCACGACCAGAUGUUAAACAGCAAUCUCAAUGCGUUGCGCCCGCCACGCUAUGGAGUUGUGCACUCCCAAAGGAGAGCCAUGGCGAUGUCUUACCAAAUUCCCCUGACCAGCCUAAUUUCCGCUUUCAGAUCACGUUUAAGAACGGCACUGUUCCUGUGAACAUGACCAUCCCUGUCGAUGAGCUAUCAAAGCGAUCUCUCGACCUUGGCGCUCGAGGAGUGAGUGACCUGUUCUCAGAUGAUUUGUUCGAGCCCGACCCGGCACCCCCUAGCCGGGCUGACCAGCUCUUCAUGGGCAACACGACCGACAACAUUACGCAACCGUUUGAUGGCGAGAAAACACCCUUCUUCAUAACUUUCGUGCCCGCCUUUCCUAUCGAUCCGAAUAAUACGACGAAUUCGGCCUCAGCCUCAGUUACGUCCAGUCUUGCAAGAAGACAAGAGAACAACUCAACCGAUUCGAUCCCGGCACCUGACGUCCUCAACGACGGGAGUGCCGCACCAGCCAACCUCCUCCCCAUUGACCCUUAUCCAUCCUCUCAACCCAUCAAACUAUACAAUCGCGGCCUACCCGAUGAGCACUACGGGUUCUACAUGUACUACGACAAGUCGAUCUUCCUACGUUCGCGAGCACCAUUCAAUGGCUCUUCCACGGCGGCCGACAGUAACGGCAUCGACCCCACGGACACGAACGGUGGGUCAACACGCAACGAAGCCCAAUUCCGCUGCACAUUCAGCCAGACGCGCUUUCUAGUACGCAUGUGGACGAACCCGGCGUUUGGUGCGACUCUGCUGCCUCCCCUGACAGAAACCGACGGCAGCACAGGAACGGAUCGUGAGAAAGUCAACUCCGCCACGGACUUUAGCCGGCCAGGCUCGUUUCCAUACCCGACGACCAUAACGCUCGACCGACAUGGCGGGAAUGUGAAUAAGAAGACAGCAUAUUGCUAUGGUGUCGACGAGUUGCAAGUCAUUCAGGUAGAUGUUAAGACAUUGAUCCCCGAGGCAAGAGGGGUUGGAGGAGUGUUGAUCAAUGCCGCGCCGAGGUUGGUUAAUGGCACGGGUCUGGACACGGGGUUCGACCAGACGGCUGGUGGCAUCGACGGUGGCACUGGCGGGUGUAAUUGCAUUUGGCAGAAUUGGAACUGA